AUGUUUCGGAUACUCGAAUCGCAAGCGCCGGCGAAGCAGACGGCCACUGAUGCAAUCAGUGUACUAUCGAAUAGACUACAAAGCGCAACACUACUGGAGGACCGUCGAGCAGCAAUACUUGGACUACGGAGUUUUGCGAAAAAUUACCCCGCGAGUGUAGCUUCUGGGUCACUUCGAGACCUAAUUGGCAGCGUUCGGAAAGAUGCAGAAGAUGUGGACACUUUGAAAGUGGUGUUGGAGACAUUGUUGAUGUUAUUCUCACCUGAUGAGAACAGCCCUGAAGCUUCAGAAGAGAUUGUACUAUGGCUUGCAGAUGAAUUCACCCAGCGUCAAGAUAAUAUAACGGCUCUGCUGGACCUCCUCGAAACCAAGGAAUUUUACUCCCGACUUUAUUCUUUGCAAUUAAUCUCGGCCAUCUGUGCAGCGAGACCCGAUCGAACCCAGGAGUGCAUCUUUACCGCUCCGCUAGGCAUCUCCAGAUUGGUUGGUGUGUUAUCGGAUGCUCGAGAACCUGUUCGAAAUGAGGCUCUUGUUCUCCUCAUUGCUCUCACUCCUUCGUCGGCCGAGUUACAAAAACUGGUUGCAUUCGAAAAUGCCUUUGACCGUGUCUUCGACCUCAUUGAAGCGGAAGGAUUCUUAUCACACGGAUCCGAGGUGGUAGUGGAUUGCCUCUCUCUCUUGGCAAACCUACUUCGACUCAAUGUCUCAAACCAAACCUACUUCAGAGAAACAGGAUGUGUCAAGAAACUUGUAGCUCUACUUACGGAUGUGACAAACCCACCAGACCCGGAAGAAGAAUUGCCAACAUGGUUGGUAGCUCGACGAGACAAAAAUUUAUGGGGACUGCUAGCUAUCAUUCAGCUGUUCCUUGUCAAGGGCAGCAUAUUGAAGACCAAUCAAACAUCUUUCUGGCAAGCUGGAAUCAUGGAAAAAGUGCUACUUGUUGCAUUCGGCAAGGACUUUGAUGUCCCUGUUAUUGCAAAAGCCUUGGAGACCUGCGCGGGAUUGAUUCGUGGAAAUCCAUCGCUGCAAGAGAAGUUCGCAGAUGUCGAUGUAUCCUGGAAUACCGAAUCCGUGGGUACAGCAACGUUGAAUGGCACUUCGAAGCCCAAUGAACCCGUACGGAUCAACGUUCUUGAGGCCUUACUCAAGCUGACCCUGGAACCGGCACCCGUUUUUGCACUUGAAGCUCGACUUGCAGCAUGCGAAUGUAUCCAAGCUUUCUUUGCGAAACACAACGGCAUUCGGUUACAUUUCCUGGGCCGUGCUAUCGACGGUCAUAUGAGCGGAAACGAUCAGAUACCAAACAUCAUGACAACUUUGCUAGAAACUCUAGAGUCGCGCACACGGGCUGAUCCGUACGGCAGCUGGAUGGCGUCCGUCUUAAUGUUCCACUUAUUAUUCGAAGAUCCAGAAGCCAAAGCCCUCGCGCUCAAAGUUACGGAAGGAAAUGCAGAGAAAGGCGAGGAAGUAGUUACAUGCAUCCAGACGAUAGCCAGUAACUUGAUCACAGGGUUACAGAGAGGCGAUGACGACCGAGUUUCCGUCGCAUAUUUGAUGCUUUUGUGUGGUUGGUUAUUUGAAGAUCCGGAUGCAGUGAACGACUUUUUAGGGGAGGGCAGUAUCGUCCAGUCGUUGAUCAGAGAGAUAAAACAGAGUGGUGCCGGCAAUAUCCUGGUUCCUGGUUUAGCGUGUGUCUUGUUGGGUAUUAUUUAUGAGUUCUCUACAAAGGACUCUCCUAUUCCCAGAGAGACUCUCCAUAACUUACUGAACAGUGGACUUGGCAGAGAACAGUAUAUUGACAAGAUAACCAAGCUUCGAGAGGACCCUUUGGUUCGAGACUUCGAGGUUCUACCGCGCACAGGCCGAGGUGAUCGUGAUGGAGCACUUCCCGAUAUUUUCUUCGAUGCAGUCUUCAUAGAGUUCCUGAAAGAUCAUUUCAGCCACUUCCUGCGCGCAAUCGACCGCGAGCCGGGUAUGGAAAUCCCAGUUAUGACCAAUGGUAUUCAGAAGGGAAUUUCUAGGGAACUAGUUGACUCGUUGCGGGCCCAAGUGGAGCAACACAACCAGACUAUACAAAAAUUGGAACUAGACUUACUGAACAUGCAGCAGAAACUGGAACAAGAACAAUUGGAUCAUCGACGAACGAAGGAGUCCACAAGCCAUGAGAUGGCUCGCAUUAAGAACAUUAACGAGGGCUUGCAGAAGAAUCACGAAGUAGAAAUUUCGAGGCUGAAGGAAUAUUACAAAGACAUGAAUGACAGCCUCCAGAAAAAUCAUAGGAUGGAGCUGUCAAAACUAGAAGAGCACCACCAACAGGAAUUAUCAAAAUUGGAGGAUCAUCACCAGCAGAGCAAUACGAACCUGCAAAAGGAUCAUACUUUGGAACUGUCGAAAUUGGAAGAUCAACAUAGACAAGGACGAAAUGACUUGCUCAAGCAGCAUGACGAACAGUUGCGAGCGAUUGAUAGUCAGCUGAAAGACACCACUGCAGACUACGAACGGAAAAGCGCUAGAUUACGUCAGCGUCAUGAAGACGAAGUGGCUGAUCUCAAGAAAUCUAUAUCUGAUUUGGAAGGCAACCUUGACAAAGCUAGCAACGAUCAUAUACAAGAGCUUCAGAAGAUCCGAGACGAGCACUCAACUAGAUAUGUCGACUUUGAGACUCAGCUCAAGCAAGCUAUUGAACAAGCAUCAGAAGCUGAAAAGCGUGCGCAAGAAUUCGAAAAAGAACUUUCAGAGGCCAAGGAAGCUGCACAAAGAGCAGAAAGCAUGGCCACGGACGCCGAAAAUGCUCGAAAAGAAGCUCAAAGUGAAUUGGAGGAUCUUUUGAUUGUAUUUGGGGAUUUGGAAACGAAGAGAAAUCAAGAAAAGCAACGUCUGAAAGAACUUGGCGAAGAAGUGUCAGAGGAUGAGGAUGAGGAUGAAGACGAGGAUGAAGAUGCUGAUUGA